CUGCGCGUUUGUUUAUAGUGAGUGAAUGAGGUGCGGACAGCACACACGUCUCACUGCGCAUCUUUACGCUUCAGUCCCAUCUGUCCACAUUACAGUAAAGUGGAAUAACAAUCUCUAGAACGAAGAAAGGGGAGAGGGAAAUAACAUUCGAGCUUCAAAGGUGAUGUGACAGAAGACACUCUGUACUGACAGACUAGAGGAAGCUGGAGAUGAGGAUUGUGGGAUUGUGGAGGACUGGGCGAUACAGUCCACUGCUGGUCGCUCUGCUCCAGUUGGUGUUGCCUCUUGUGUGGUCCGAUAAUUCAGAAGGUCAAAAUAUACCACGACUACAGCUCUCUCAUACAGAUCUCAGGUCGAAGAACAGCUCUGCCGUGUUUUGGGAUGGUGCAGAAGGUGGAGCGUACCAGGCUUUACUGCUGGAUGAAGAUCGCGGAUGGCUGCUGGUCGGAGGCCGAGACCACAUUUACAUGUUGAACUCUGACAGCCUCGUCCAACCGGCACGCAAGAUCCACUGGCCAGCUGCGCAGGAACACGUCGAACGCUGCAAAUAUGCUGGAAAGAAUCUGACGACAGACUGUGCCAAUUACGUCAGACUCCUACAGCCUUUCAACAAAACCCAUGUGUAUGUGUGCGGGACCGGCGCUUUUCACCCACAAUGCACUUAUGUUGACCUCGGACACAAUCUUGAGAAACCCACGUUCCGCCUCCUCAGCCACGCUGUAGAAUCCGGGCGAGGAAAAUGUCCCUUCAGUCCGCAAGAACCAUUUACCGCCCGACUGACAGAUGGAGAUCUGUACGCCGGGACAUCGGUGGACUUCAUGGGAAUGAACGCUGCCAUUUUUCGCACAUCUGUGCAUAGCGACAAUCAACAUUAUAUUCGUACCGAAGCUUACCAGGACCACUGGCUAAAUGAGCCGGAGUUUGUUUGAUCAUAUCCCAUCCCUGACACGCACAGCUUGGAUGAUGACAAGGUCUACUUCUUCUUUAAAGAGACCGCUGUGGAGUCCAACCAACUCGACAAGCGCGUCUACAGUCGAGUGGCCCGCGUCUGCAAGAAUGACAUCGGAGGAAAGAGAAGUUUAAUAAAUCGCUGGAGCACCUUCCUAAAAGCCAGACUGGUGUGUUCAGUACCAGGACCUGGAGGCAUGGACACACACUUUGAUGAACUGCAGGACAUUUUCCUCCUGGAGACCAAAGAUCCGCAAAAUCCAGUCAUCUAUGGCGUCUUCUCCACUUCCAGUUCUGUGUUUAGAGGCUCGGCUGUGUGCGUCUACUCCAUGGCCUCCAUCAGAGCCGCCUUCAAUGGGCCUUUCGCACACAAGGAGGGGCCUGAUUAUCGCUGGAUGGAGUACAAGGGGAAAAUCCCUUAUCCACGACCAGGGACGUGUCCCAGCGAGACCUAUGAUCCUUUGCACAAGUCCACCCGUGAUUUCCCAGAUGACGUUAUGAGCUUCAUGAGGUCUCAUCAGCUUAUGUGGGAGCCGGUGGUACCCAUCCACAGACGACCCUUCUUCACCCGGAUCAACACACCAUACGGGCUGAAGAAACUUGUGGUUGACAGGGUGGAUGCAGAGGAUGGACAGUAUGAUGUCUUGCACCUGGGAACAGAUGAUGGUAAGGUGCUGAAGGUGGUCUCCAUACCUAAAGAGAACUGGGAGACUGAAGAAAUCAUUUUAGAGGAGCUCAAAGUGUUCAAGUCUCAGACCCCAGUUGUGAACCUGGAGCUCUCCACCAAAAGACAAGUGUUGUUUGUGAGCAGCGAUGAAGGUGUCGUCCAGCUGCCCGUUCAACGGUGUGAUCUGUACGGUAAAGCUUGUGUAGACUGCUGUCUAGCUCGAGAUCCAUACUGCGCUUGGGAUGGCUCCUCGUGCACCAACUACUUCCCCAGCAACAAAAGGCGCGCCCGGAGACAGGAUGUGAGGUACGGAGACCCCUGGAGCCAGUGUCAGGACAUGAGAGAUGAUCAGGCCAAGCUGAAAAACAUUUACGGUGUGGAGGGAAACUCAAGUUUCCUGGAAUGUAUCCCGAGGUCACCGCAGGCAUCGAUCAAGUGGAUAAUGCAGCCAACCCACAGUCAAUACAGCAAAGAGUUGGUCGCAGGUGAGGAAAACCUAAUCCACAUGCAACGUGGGCUCCUCCUCCAGCGUUUAUCAUCUGUCAACGCUGGGCUGUACAUGUGCGUAGCCUACGAACAUUCUUUCUCCCGCACGUUAGCCCGCUACGAGCUGCACGUCAUUCCCCAGAACCACAUGUCAAGAUCGCAAAACGCUCGACCGUCUGACUCGAAACCUGAUGGGAAUUAUGCGGCCUUGCCACGAAGCUUCAAAGAACUCCAUUUGAUGGGAGUCAGCGGGUUAACGGCAGAUGAGUACUGCGAACAGCUCUGGUACCGCGAAAAACGCAGACAACAAAAACUACGUACGUUGAAGUGGAAGCAAGAGGCAGAAAAUCGUAAAGCGAGGGUUAGGAGGCAAAAUCCACCCUACGAACCUCUUGAAUGAGGUGAAACAGCAGACUUUUAAUCAGGAAAAAGACAGUUUGACUAUUUGGACGAAAAAUUGCUUGCUUGUAGCUUAAUCGUUAAAGCUACAACCAUCAACAGCUACUGUUAGCAUGACAUCAAAGGGCUACAGACAAAAAAACCCUCUGAUUUAUUUUUUAUAUCUGUUGAGUCCUCUCAUAUGUUUUAGCGAAGUUUUAUUUUGGCAGUAAUAGAAAUGACUGCCUGUGAUUUAGCUGUUACGAAUUGUAACUUUAGCACAAAAUAACCCAAUCGCUCAGCCUGUAGCUGUGCAGCUGGAAUGGAUUUGCGUAGUCUGUAGCUGUAACAGAUGCUGCAUACUUCACUUGUGUUAUUCUUAAUCUGUUUCUGUUGUUUAUUCAUUCUGUCUUUAAGUCCUCCUGGAAAUUUAGUUUUUACGAGUUCGGAAACCCUAAUUAUAACGUGACGACCCGGACAGCACACAUACACCUUGGAGACAUUUAUUUGAUGUCUGCGUUUACAUCUGCACAACAUAUUUUUUGAUUAUAUGCUCAUCUGCAAUACAUCUAUGAGACGUCUACUGUCAGAUGUCAUAUAGACAUCUAGAUGUCUGUAAGAUGUUUACGAUCUAAUGUAAUUAAAACUGCCCUUUCUAAGAUUAUCAGAUGUUUUUAAACAGCAGAUGUUUCCAGCAGACAUCUUACAAAAGUGCCUGUGCUAUCUGUGGAGCGAUUUCGUUGUUUCAACUUCAAUAAAACGAAAGUAUUAAGAAAAUGGAAAAUAAUACAAUUAAAAACAAACAAAAUUCACAUUAAGGGUCUCAUGUAUAAAACUUUGAGUUUGUAGGGUGUGCACGUAUUUACGCUAAAUCUAUUUUUUAUAAAUCUCAGGGUAUGUGAAAAAUUGCAUACCAUUUUAUGUGCUGCCCCAGAGAAUGAUGGGAAAUGUAGUUUUUUCAAACAAGACCAUCAACCAAUAUAGAUUUUGAAAAUUUACAAUGUAAACUGGUUGUUCACCUUGUAAAUAUAAUCUCUCCGUCCAUACUUGAAGACAGCUUUUGUGACUCGUUCUUCAUCUAUAACCUUUGACAAGACAAGCACCUAUGCUAUAACAGCUAGGAUUGCUUGGAAAGCUAAUUGUAUAAAAAGACAACCAACCUCACUGCCAUGAACAAACCUCUGCACAACCAUAAACUGACUUCUUUUUCCUUCACUAAGAUUUAUUAGUCCUUGUGUCAUUUUUUUAUUGAAAUGAUCUCAUGAGAAUUCAGAAGUAUUUUACAUGGGGGCUAAUUCGUAGACAUCUGAAAAAAGCCUCUAAAAUAUAUAUGAAUGGUCAUGUGAUUGUGUUAGGACUCUUGGCUCAGUCGCAAUGUUAUUUAUUGACUGUACCCAAGUGUACAAAUCUGACAAUGGCAGGUGCCUUCAUGUUGUGAGGAAGUUUGCUUAUACUUUCUUACACAACCCAGGACGUGCCCUUCAUAUGUUUCCUUCCUCACCAUGACCAAUCUCUUUGGCUCUUUCCUGAGAACAUGUUUGAGUAAAUAUGAUGCUUUUUUUUAUGACUCUUUGCAUGUCAUUCUCUAAAGACAAGCAAAUCUCUCUAAAACACAUCACGUCGCAACAAUUCAACCCACCUGAAUACAGUGACUUUGUGUGUCUUAGACAUAUUCAUGUGACAUAUGGGACAGAUAAGUUGAGAUGGCCCCAUAGAUCCAGCAGUGAGCUUUUAAAAUGAUCUUCACUGGCCAUUAAAUCCACUUCCAGGAUUCUUGUGUCUUUGUUCUUCUCUGUGGCUGUCGAAUGGAAAGUUGUGUCCUUGCCUUCUGGUUAAAUCCCAGAUUGUUUCAUAGUUGGUUCAGAUUGUGGGUCAUAUACAUAAAGUGAAACGUUUCUCGUCUGUUUUACAAUCUAUACACAGUUAGGUAUUAAGUAUCUUGUACUUUUUGCAAGUCAGAAUUUGACAAAACUUGUCAAAUACAUGCAUGUGCAGGUUGCACAUUUUCUUCUCAUAAUCUCAUUACUGUAAAGAACAUACAACAUAUAAUAUGUAAACAUUUCAUUUUUCUACUGUCUUUAAUCAGUGCUGAUUUCAAUUUUAAAAAUCAUUGUAUUACAGUUAACUGCAGUAAAGCAACUAUUUAGUACAGUAAUGUGAAAAUAUACUGAGAACAAUGAGAAUUAUUAUUUAAAGUAAUGCGAAAUCCAUCAUAUUAAUGAGACAUGUUAUAAAAAAAUAAUGACAGUGCAAAAACAUAGCAUUUCUCAUGGUUUUAUUUCAGGCACAAAAUAUCUUGUUUUUUAUCUUAUACAAUAAAUACAUUUUAACACGUUUAUGAACUCAUAACUGUAUAUUUUUACAAUGUCAAUGAACAGCUUUUAAGCUUAAUAACAACAUGUGAUCAAAACACAUUUAACGUAUUAUUAGUUAUUUAUCAGAUUGCAUAAAUAUGUUUUUUUCAACCAACUAAGCAAUGUUUUACAAUCAUGAGCUUUUAACAGCUGUAUGCACAACAGUUGUUUUUAUGUUGUGUUUAAAUGUUAGAUUAUGUGCUUGUAUAGUAACACACAACAGACUGUGUAAUUAUUUACAUGUAUUUACAUUCCCCAAAAUAAGCAACCUUUCUGCCAUAACAUUUUUCAAACUAUUUCUUAUGUUUGCUUAAUAGGGCUUAUGUGUAAGUUUUUUUUUUUACUGUCCGAGACUCUUCUUGUGUGCGUGUGUGUGUGUAUGCUAGGUAGCCUAAUUAGGAGUGUAAAAAUAUAACAGUAAAUAAAAUAAAAUAUAUUCAUCACUUUAUUUUCUA